AUGGAUGUCCUUAAUACAACGAGUAUGGGCGAAGCCCCCAAUCUGCCGCCUUCACAAUUCGCCAUCCUGGAUUUCCUCAUCCCUGGCUUUUCCACCUUCUCAAGCAUCAUUCAUGCCUAUCUCGGCAUCGACCUUAACUUAUACAUCCCUCUCCUGCUGAUCAUAUCCGGUAUCAUGUUUGCUUGGAACUAUAUCUCAGAGUAUUCAUGGAACUUUAUGGCACAGCAUCUUAUGUCUGCGGUGCGAAUUCGCACUGACGACGAGAUCUACAACAUCGUCAUGGCAUGGGUGGCCAAUCAGCGUUUUGCCCAAGGUUCUCGCCGCUUUAUGGUCAACACAAACAUCACUUCCCGAAGCUGGUUUUUGUACCGAUGGAACGAAGAUGAGGAGGAGGAAGACGAGAGUAACGGUGCAGCUAAAAAGCAACUGCAGUACACUCCCUCAGUGGGCUCUCACUUCUUUUGGUAUAACGGCCACGUUCUUCUCUUUGAGCGCCAUGAGAACCACGAGAGAUCUGGAUACCUCACUUCCAGUGAGCGAGAGGAGCUCUCCAUUUCUUGUUUUGGCCGCAACCCGCGCGUUAUCAAGGAGCUCCUCAUCGACGCUCGUGAGCAAUACCUAAAGAAAGACGAGAAGAAGACCAUCAUCUACCGCGGCGCUCUUGGCACAAAUGGAGGCGACCCUUCAUGGCAGCGUUGCAUGAGCCGAGCUAGUCGUCCCAUUUCCACAGUUAUUCUCAACGAAAAGGUCAAGAAGGAAUUGAUCGAGGACGUGACCGAUUAUCUCGACCCCAACACCCGACGAUGGUACUCCAACCGCGGUAUCCCUUAUCGCCGUGGUUACCUCCUCUAUGGCCCACCUGGUACUGGAAAGAGUUCCCUCAGUCUUGCACUGGCUGGUUUCUUCCGCAUGCGCAUCUAUAUGGUCAGUUUGAGUUCAAGUUUGGCUAGCGAGGAGAACCUUGCAACCCUUUUCGCCGAGCUACCCCGCCGCUGCGUUGUACUCCUUGAAGAUAUCGACACCGCAGGUCUUACUCAUACCCGUGAUGAAACCAAGGGUGAAGGUGAUCAGGAGACUGUGGUGCCUGCUGCAGUCGCGCCUAGCAAGCCUGGUGCUCCUCCUGCAACCCCCGCACUCCCCGGCCGCCUCUCCUUGUCUGGUCUCCUCAACAUCCUCGACGGCGUUGCCUCUCAAGAAGGUCGUGUUCUCAUCAUGACAACCAACCAUCUUGAGAAGCUGGACAAGGCCUUGAUUCGCCCCGGCCGCGUAGACCAAAUCAUUGAGUUCGGACGUGCUGACGCUGAUAUGAGCGCCGCCAUCUUCCGGGCCAUCUACGCCCCCUAUGAAGGAGAGGGUGCUCCCGUCAAGGAGUUCUUGGAGCCUGAAGAGGCUAUCAAGCAAAUUGCACUGGCCGAGAAGAUCCGAGUUGAAACCAUGGAGCGUGUCAAUGCUCUUGCCGUCAAGUUCGCUGCCAGGGUACCCGAGCAUGAGUUCAGCCCUGCAGAGAUCCAAGGUCUUCUUCUCAAGAACAAGCGUGCACCCGAGGCCGCCAUCGAAGCUGUUGAUGACUGGGCGGUUGAGACCCGUAAGGAGAAGAAGAUCAAGGAGGUCGAAGAUGCAGAGAAGCGCCGAAAGGAGGAAGAGAAGGCUCGCAAGGAAGAGGCCAAGAAGAAGAGAAAGGAGGAGCGCGAGAAGGCUAAGAAGAAGAAGGCAAAGGCUAAGCGCAAGGCCAAGGGCAAAGGAUCUGGCUCGGAUGGUUCUGGUUCCGACUCUGACUCCGACUCCGAUUCUGAUACCGAAUCCGAGGCUGAGGCUGGCGGUGAUGACAAGAAGAAGGAUGCGACCAAGAGUAACACGGAUAAGAAGGAUGAGAAGCCCGAGGACAAGCCCAAGGAGGUUGAGAACGAGAAAAAGGAGGUGAAGAUCGAGGGCGAGGUUGAGGAAGCAGGGGAGACGAAGCCCAAGGGCACUUCUGAUUCCGGAUACGACACCCCUAACCAAACUUUAUGA